GAUAGCAGAUGGCGAUAUGUGUCUUUCAGGCGAUGUUUCUACUGUGACGUAUAAUCUAGUGGACGGAACGCUUCUUCAACAACUGCAGCCACCUCGGUAGCUCGCCAAAUAACGAAGUCGGAACAUUCAAGUUCUUUAGACAAUUUCGUGGUUUAUUUGCCACUAUGAUUUAAACAUACUUAUGUGGAAACAACUUCCUACCCCAUUUAAUUUAAUAUUUACCUUGUAAGUCAACUAGCUGGCUGGUUAAAUUAGCACUAGUCUGGUAACUAAUGCUAGCUAGCUAACAUCUCCGACCAUGAGGUCACUAAGCUACUCUCCUGAUAAAGAAGAGGGGGUCUGCUGGACGGAGAAAGAAGCUAUCGUCAAAGAGGAGGAGGAAGAGGAGGCUGUUACAAUACAAAAACAAGUAGAUGGUGAGGCUGUUACCGUGAAAGAAGAAGAGAAAGGCGUCACAGUGAAAGAAGAGGAAGACGCGUUCAGAGUGAAAGAGGAGGGUGUUACAGUAAAAGACGUGUUCAGAGUGAAAGAGGAGGAGGAAGAUGCCGUGUUGGGAGUGGAGGAUGAAGAGGGGGAGAUUACUGUCACAUUGGAGGAGGACGAAGAAGAGAAGACUGGAGAACUGAUUAACACCAGUAAAUACAGAGAGAGACGUGACUAUCGUGGAUCAUCUGGGGAGCCUCAACAACAUCAUGAUGCUGACGAGGCAGAGAAGACUCUCUCCAGAUCAGAACUCCUCAAGAAACACCAGCAGAGACCCACAGGGAAGAAAUCUAUCUACUGCUCUGACUGUGGGAAACAUUGCAAAUCUUCAUCAAAACUUAAAAUACACCAGCGAGUACACACAGGAGAGAAACCUUAUAGUUGUGAUCAGUGUGGCAGGAGUUUUACUAAGUCAAACAACCUGGUAUCACACCAGAGAACACACACAGGAGAGCAGCCAUAUAGCUGUAAGCAAUGUGGGAGGAGUUUUUCUCAGUCAAACAGCCUGGAUAGACACCAAAGAACACACACAGGAGAGAAGCCUUAUAGCUGUGAUCAGUGUGGGAAGAGUUUUACUCAGUCAAGCAACCUGGUAUCACACCAGAGAACACACACAGGAGAGCAGUCAUAUAGCUGAGAGCAAUGUGACAAGAGAUACUCUCAUUCAAGUGGUCUGAUUAAAUAUCAGAAAAUACGUGCAGGAGAUCCACAGAGUGUAGAAUGAUCUCCAACACCAGACCUGGGUAGUAGAACCCAGAGUGUGGAAUGAUCUCCAACACCAGACCUGGGUAGUAGAACCCAGAGUGUGGAAUGAUCUCCAACACCAGACCUGGGUAGUAGAACACAGAGUGUAGAAUGACCAACACCAGACCUAUAUUCAUCAAAUCACAUUUUAUUUGUCACACACUUGUUUAGUUAGCAAUGUUAUUGCGGGUGUAGCAAAAUGCUUGUGUUUCUAGCUCCAACAGUCCAGUAAUAUCUAACAAUACACACAAUCUAAAGGAAUGGAAUUAAGAAUGUAUAAAUAUUUGGACGAGUGAUGUCAGAGCGGCAUAGACUAAGAUACAAUAGUAUAGGGUAGAAUACAGUAUAUACAUAUGAGAUGAGUAAUACAUAGACUAAGAUACAGUAGAAUAGGAUAGAAUACAGUAUAUACAUAUGAGAUGAGUAAUACAUAGACUAAGAUACAGUGGAAUAGGAUAGGAUACAGUAUAUUCAUAUGAGAUGAGUAAUGCCAGAUGUGUAAACCUUUAUUAAAGUGACUGGUGUUCCAUUCCUUAAAGUGGCCAAUAAUUUCAAGUCUGUGUAUGUAGGCAGCAGCCUCUGUGUUAGUGACGGCUAUUUAACAGUCUGAUGGCCUUGAGAUUGAAAAUGCACCUGUACUGACCUCGCAUUCUGAAUGAUAGUGGGGUGAACAGGCAGUAGCUCAGGUAAUAACAAAGAACUUAUGUGUGUGCCUGAGGGGAAAUGUACUUUUAUACAGCCAAAAGGGGUGAGAAAUUACACCAAUAUCAGUGGACAAUUUGCACUAAUGUAAAUUAACAUCGAUAAUGGAACAUAUUCCCUUUUGCUGACGUGAUGAACCACUACGGAGACAUAAAUAUUUACCAUCUAAAGCGUGUGUGACCUCUCACCUCUCUGGCUGUAGAAGUGUUCUUCCUAACCAGGAGAGGGAUGGAAUGAGUGUUUCAGACAGCGGGGUUACCCAGAGGAAUGGCUGGAUGAGUGUUUCAGCGGGGUUACCCAGAGGAAUGUCUGGAUGAGUGUUUCAGACAGCAGGGUUACCCAGAGGAAUGGCUGCAUGACGCAAGGGAUCGUUAUAAAAAUACAGUGGUGGAAAAAGUAUCCAACUGUCAUACUUGAGUAAAGAAAACAUUUAAAAUGUAAUUAUAAUUUUUGUAAAUUUAAAACAAAAACAUAACUGUUUGUACUCAUAUGUAACCAAAUCGUGGCUGCAACUAAGUUACUAAGUCUUUAAUCAGACUGUAUUGUUACACUGGUGAGUAAAAACGAAUGUUCCUACACUUGAACUUUUUUGUCUGAAAAUAAAAUGUACAUUUUCCUCAA